UGCCAGCCAGCGCCCAGAUGUGGAGACCAGAUCUACAACCCCUUGGAGAAGUGUUGUGACGAUGACACCAUCCUGCCCCUGAACCGGACCCGCCUGUGUGGUCCCAACUGCAUCUACUGGCCUUGCUUUGAGCUCUGCUGCCCCGAGUCUUUUAGUCCGCAGAAGAAGUUUGUCGUGAGGUUGAAAGUUCUGGGAGUGAAGUCCCAGUGCCACUCAUCCCCCAUCUCCAGGGACUGUGGCAGCAGAGAGAUGUUUUCUCAGAGAAGAUACAGAAGACAAGCAUCUUUCACUAAGGCAACUUUCCAGAAGUGACUGAGGUAGGCUUCACUUUUGGGGGACUUAGAUUAAUUGCCAGUUAAUUUUUCAAAUAUGUGUGAAUUGUAAUCUGUAUAUAGAGAGAGGUGGGAUAACUGGGUCAAAUGUGGUUGCAUUCAAAGUUUUUUGUUGAUUUAAUGGGUCUCUCAAUGACAGAGCCACCCUCUGAUUGCACAUGCUGUGGUUUGCCUAAGUGUCCUCC